AUGAAGAUCAGGAAGCGCGCCUCGAAGCGUCUGGCCGUCGCUCAGCGUGAGAAGGUCAAGCGCAAGGUGCGCGAGCACCACCGCAAAUCGCGCAAGGAGGCGCGCAAGAACCCGAACCCGCAGUGGAAGUCGAAGCUCAAAAAGGACCCGGGCAUCCCCAACAGCUACCCAUACAAGGAACAGCUGCUCGCCGAGAUCGAAGACAAGCGCAGGAGACAGGAGGAGGAGAGGCUCGAGGAGCGCGAGAGGCGCCGCCUGGAGAAGGCCAAUGCCAACAAGGUCGAUGGCGAUGACGACGACGAGGAGGCGGAUGCCAUGGACGUGUCGGCCCUGCUGGGGACAAGCGAGGACGACGACGACGAUGGCCCCGCCUCGCCCAUGGUGGCGCCGCUCUUCCGAGGCACGCUCGAGGAGCUGCUCGGCUCGGACGACAUUAGGACGCUCGUGUUUGCCAUCGAUGCGCGCGACCCUCAGAGCUAUCGCAGCACCUGGAUCGAGGACGAGGCGCACAAGCGCGGCAAGAAGCUGGCCAUCGCUCUGGGCCGCGCCGACCUCGUCCCCGCCGAGACGCUCGCUAACUGGGUCGCCCACCUGUCCAAGGCCACCGGCCUCCAGGUCUUCCCCAUCUCGGUCCGCCCCGAGCUGGGGAGAGAGGGCAUGCUUGGUGCCGAGCAGCUCGUCGAGGUGCUGGACCUCAAGGGCAAGGGCAAGGGUGAUGUCGCGGUCAUCGGACUCGGACACUCCGGACGCUCCUCGAUCGCUGAUGCUAUCCUGACCGCCAUUGGGUUGCCCGAGGGUCAAAAGGACCUCGACGAGGAGUUGACAGAGUGGCCCGCCGUGCUCGAUACCAUGCCGCUCGUGCCCGUCAGAAAGCACGACGCCGUCGAAGACUCGGAAGACGACGACGAGGGCGAGGACGACGACGAGGCAGUGGACCGCGAGGAAGAUGUUGAAGGCCAGGAAGACGCCGCCGACGACGACGACGACGACGACGACGAAGCGCUGGCACAGCAGGCCGAGAUCCGGGCGAUGCACACACUGAUGCGCAACCAGGGCGCGGUGCAGCGCAUCAAGGAGCCGCUGCCGCUGGUAUGGGCGCUCAUGUCGCGCAUCUCGCACCCCGAGGACCUGAUGCUCAUCUACAACCUGCCGGCGUUUGGCUCCUUCACCCCGUCCAAGGCGUCGCUCGCCGACGAGGAGCUGACCGAAGAGGAGCGCGCCUCGCUCAUCUCGGCCCAGCUGCGCGCCAAGGUGCACGCCGAUACGGAAGAGUUCCUCAUCUCGCUCGCCCGCUCCCAGGGCGCGCUGCGACGCGGCAAGUUCCCGAGCACCGCGGCGGCGGCCCGCAUCCUGCUUCGCCACUGGUCGGCGCACAAUUUCGCGUACUACUCUCAGGCGCCCGCGCUCUCGGCCGAGGACAAGCUGGCCUACCUCGAAAAGGUAGGACGGCCGCGCAUCCAGCCCCUCGUUGAGGCGGCCGCGGCCGUGCCGCGCAAGGAGUUCCGCAAGCGGUGGAGCGCAAAGGAGCUGCGCCUGAAGCCGCUCUCGUUGGUCAACGGACGCGAGGCGCUCGUUGUCGACGAGGUCAGGCUGAUGGACCCGCCGUACGAGGAGGACGAUGAUGAGAGCGUUGGCGACGAGGAGGAGGUCGAAGACGACGGUGAGGAGGAGGAGGAAGAGGCGGAGGGAGAGGACGAUGAGACAGCCGAGCCUGCGCUCAAGUCGAUCCUCAAGAAGCCGACAUCGGCGUCGACAUCGGGCAAGGGCAAGAAGCGAUCCGCGCCGGCGGCCAGCGUCACGCUCGUCGACGGCAGCGUCGACGUGGAUGACGGGGAUGCCACGAUCGACGACAAGGAUGACAGCAAGCUCUCGCGCAAGGACAAGCGGCUGGCCAAGAAGGCCAAGACGACGGCGACACCCGCAUCGACGGCGACGGCCAACAAAAAGCAGAAGAAGCCCGCCGGCGCGGCAGCGGCGACCAAGGCGGGCGCGGCUGGCAAUGCGCUAGCGGCCAGCACCGGUCCCGCGCCGGGCGAAAAGUACGACUUCACCGCCUUCUUCUGA